UAUUGAUAUACUGUGAUGCUGAUGCCGUCGAAGGUGGGUCAUACAGAGAAGUACAGUUAAUUUCGUGAAUGACUGAUAGUGAUUCUGAUUCGGCAACUGAAUAUACACGCCUGAUGGACGGUCACGUUGCCGAAGUUCGCACAGACGGGUUAGCCAUUGAACGGAAGAAACGCCGUCCAAAAAGCAACACUGAACGAUCCGCGGCGAGCGAAGCUUCCUCACAGGGAGAAAAUGGAGUGCCAGAUGUUCGUAUUGAAACACCAGGAUCUACGGUUCCAGUAUUACCAGUUCGAAGAAGACAUGGAUCAAAUUCUGGGGGUCCAGCCAACAACUCUGACGAAUUUACAGAUGAAGAUGAAGAGGAAUUGAAAUAUGGAGCUGCUCACGUCAUAAAGCUGUUUGUCCCAGUAUCGCUUUGCAUGCUAGUAGUGGUUGCCACUAUCAGCUCCGUCAAUUUCUAUACAACCAAGGACGUAUAUUUAGUGUAUACACCAUUUCACGAAGAAAGUUCAGAUACAAGUACAAAGGUAUGGCAAGCCAUUGCUAAUUCGCUCAUAAUGAUGUCAGUCAUCGUGGGAAUGACUGUGAUAUUAAUUCUACUGUACAAGUAUAGAUUUUACAGAACUAUACAUGCUUGGCUAAUCAUGAGCUCUUUCAUGCUCCUCUUCUUAUUCUCAAUAUUAUACUGCGAGGAAGUAUUGAGGGCUUAUAAUAUACCAAUGGAUGUAAUAACAUUAUCCAUUGUUUUGUGGAAUUUCGGAGUUGUUGGAAUGAUCUGUAUUCACUGGCUGGGACCACUACGUCUGCAACAAGCCUAUCUAAUUUUCAUUGCAGCAUUAAUGGCCUUGGUGUUCAUCAAGUAUCUGCCUGAGUGGACCACUUGGGUUGUUCUCGCAGUCAUCAGUAUUUGGGAUGUGAUAGCUGUGCUGACACCUAAAGGACCUCUACGAAUACUGGUUGAGACAGCACAAGCGAGAAAUGAGCCUAUAUUCCCAGCAUUGAUUUAUUCUUCGACGAUUCUCUAUACCUUCACACUGAAUUACGUUGGUUAUGUAGCUACGCCAACGGUGUCUAUGGCCAGUGGCGAUGCUGCUGCAGGUGACACUGUUGGCUCACCAACUCCCACACAAACACGGAGAAGUGCUGGAGCUGGAGACUCAGAGGAAGGUGGUUUUACUAACGAAUGGGUGGCAACGCAUGCUGAACGAAGCGCGAGGAGAGCUAGAGAAAUUAGAGAAGAAGACUCAUCGUUACCCGAGCCUUCUCGAACUGGUCAGUAUAGGAACGAAUCGCAACAGCAACAACAAGCUACAAUGGAAGAAGAAAGAGGAAUUAAGCUGGGUCUGGGAGAUUUUAUUUUUUAUUCUGUCCUAGUUGGCAAAGCGUCCAGUUAUGGUGACUGGAAUACGACGCUGGCUUGUUUCGUAGCCAUAUUAAUCGGCCUGUGCCUGACGCUGCUGCUCUUAGCUAUUUUCAAAAAAGCUCUACCAGCUCUCCCGAUUUCGAUCACAGUUGGUUUGAUAUUUUAUUUUGCAACUAGAGUGAUCGUUGCGCCAUUUGCGGACAGCCUAGCCAGUGAACAAGUGUUUAUUUAACUUUCGAGACUUCAGAUUGAAGUGACAUCUAAAAAGAUCAUGUUUCCCAGUCUAGGCCAAGUGAUUGUGACAUCAUGUAUAUCGUAGCAAUGAAUUAUAAAGCCGAAUGGUUUUACGGAAAGAAACGUGCCGUUUGAAAAGUCCCUGAGCCAUUUGUUCUACAAAAGAAGUGCUACCGUUGCACAGUACGUCAAACACUUGACCCAGUCUAGUUUGAUAAUAAACUUUAUAAUAUGCAUUUCUUGUAAAUUGGUACCUGUCCACGUAUAUUUCAUGAUUUUACUAUACAGUGAGAAUGAUCACGACUUUGAUAUAGUGAAGACUUUUUGACCCAUGAACGUGAAUUGAGUGUAUGUAUUGAGAAGCUUGAAAGCGGAAACUUAUUCCAGUGUUUAAGUGAUAUAUAUUUAAUACGUUCCGUUGUCGACAACUAAUGCACUUUCAUUCGGUUUGUAAAUAAAGGAACGAUGAACGAUUCGG